AGAGUUAAUUAUUAACCACUAACAUGGGGGUGGCAGUUGUUGGGUCCGCACACUACACUGAACAGCCUGCAGAAAACUGACCACAUCUGGAUUUACUUUUUUUUAUUCUCUGUUUUUAGUCUCCUCUUCUCAAACUAAGUCCAGGCUGGACUUCUGGAAAUGAAGCUGUGCGUUCUUCUACUGCUGCUGUGUCUCAGUCGCCUGGGACUGACUGAAGAACCCACUACAGCAGCUCCUGAAGUCUCUGUGGUCACAGAGGAAGAAGAGGAGAAAAAUGUUCCUAACUGUGGGAGAACAUUCAGCCACGAGGAACACAGGGUGAUAGGGGGCAUUAUAGAGCAGUUGGGGUUGAAGAUUCUGGAGAAGCUCCCUAUCAGCUCACAGCAGCCCAAUGUCAUCCUCUCCCCUCUCAGCCUGGCUUUUGCCCUUGCUCACCUCAGCUUAGGUUCCCGCAACGAAACAGAGAAGCUUCUCCUGCAGAGUCUUCAUGCCCACAACUUGCCAUGCUUUCAUCAUGUCCUGGGAAGCUUUCUACCUCAUUUAACCCACACGUCACUGGAGGUGGCAGCACGCAUGUACUUGAGGCCAGGAUUUGAAGUGAAGUUGUCGUUUGUUGAGGAAUCUCUGGCCAGGUACCGGUCCAAGCCUUUUCCUCUGGUCUCAGUGGACGAGGUCAACCAAUGGGUGGAGAACGUCACCAAUGGGCACAUCCCCAACUUCCUGGAGAGCAUUCCACAUGACGUGGUGUUAAUGCUCAUGAAUGGUGUUUACUUCAAAGGUGAAUGGAAGACCCAGUUUGACCCUCAGGUGACCUCAAAGGGAGUGUUUUACCUCGACAGCCAGAAUUCAGUUUCAGUGGACAUGAUGAAGUCUGUCCAGUAUCCUCUACGCCUGAUGGACGACCCUCAGCUGCAGGCGCAGGUUGCCAGCUUCCCCUUCAAAGGAAACACCAGCUUCCUAGUCGUCCUUCCCAGAGGAAAUGUGUCAUCCGUGCUUCCCAAAUUAAAUAUCUCUGACCUCUUCAGUCGUCUACCUCAAGAAAAAUCAAUGCUGGUCAACUUACCCAAGGUGAAGCUCCAAUAUCGGCAGGAGCUCAAGGAGGCGCUGACCAGCAUGGGCCUUGGUUCCCUGUUUUUGGGUCCGGACCUCUCUGGUAUUUCUGACCAGCCCCUCAGGGUCUCGAGCGUCCGUCAUGCCACCACCAUGGAGCUCAGUGAAGAAGGUGUAGAAGCAUCCGCCACCACUGUUGUGACCGCUAUGCGCUCCAUCUCCCUCUUCUCUGUAAACUCCCCUUUCCUGUUUGCCCUUGUUGAUGACCUCUCUCUGGCCCCUCUUUUCAUGGGCGUUGUCACAAACCCCGCCCCAAACAAUGACCCCAUGCCUAACGACGACCCCAACGGUAACAACACCAUGAACGACCAACCUGCAACUGAGACAGCCACAAAAACAGACCUAAAGGUUGAGCACAACAAGUUGCCAGCAGGGGGCAGCACUGUUCAUUCCUGCAGUGCCCCUGGUGGUGGAAAGGAGCAGUUGCAGCAGGUCAGUGAACAAGAUGGCAGCAAUAGUAAGCAUCAGACACAAGCAGAUGAACCCUGCUCCAAACCAGACAACUUUGUAUCAGCCUGAAAAAUUAAUAUUAAAGAAAUUAUGCAACAUCUGUUCUGAUAAAGCUCUUUGCUGACUUAGAUUAGAGCACUGACACCAAUGUCAUUUUCUUAGGUCAAUAGAACCAACAACUGGUUAGCUACUGUUACGAGAUAAAAGACUGGAUGACAAGUUCUACCUUGUAAACUUUCUAAAAGCUCACUUUUUAGCACUUCUGUAUAACAUUUGUUUAAUUUCUCACUCUGUGAGACAGAAGAUGGACUCAUGAAGUGGUCCAAAAAUAUUGUAGUAUUAGCAAAAAACACAAUAUCCUGCUUUUAUACAGGUCAGUAAACAGAUAUUUUUUAUGAUUUACAUUUUCUGUUUGUAGUAUAGUUUGUUCCUAAUUAAAUCUCAAAAAUAAAAAACAGCAUCUGAGACAAAUAUUGUGCAGCACAGAUUUUUUAACUGCUGAGGUUUUAUCUACCAUGUUCACGCUUUAACUGGAUUAUCAAUAAAUGUGAAAUAAACUUACUGUUGGAAACAG